AUGUUUGCCAGCAGCCAUUUAGUUGCAUUCGUUUCAUGCUAUUUAGUGUUUAUGUACGGUACACAUGGACACGACGAAGACCCAUUCCACGAUGUUGACGAAUAUUUAGAAAGUGUAAAACCCGAAGGCAAGGCGAAUAUCACAGCCACCGAGACUGAGCAUAUUAUACGAAUAUUAUGGAACAGAAUGCAAUGUGAUACCAUUGAUUUUACCAACACGAAUACGUCAUGUCAAGAGUGCCUUCCUGUUGAGGGUUUAUUCACCAUCGUUAAUGCUGAUAUGAAAUAUGGUUUAAACGUACCGCAAUUCCACCAGGCAAGCGUAGUACUAUUGUACUAUGUCACAGAUUUAGGAACCGUGUGCAAAACCAUAUUAGAUCCGAGUGCAAAAGACUACGAUUAUUUCUCACAGUCACUGCUGCGAUACGACAGCGACAGCGACCCCAACAGACACACGUAUAACGAAUUUCAGCAUGUGAUUGAAGACAUUAACGCUACGUAUGUAGCGACGAACUAUGCUAAGUGUUUUACAGCAAAGAGCGCCUACAGUGAAUCCACAAUGGCCAAUCACAGCAUCGGGGCGGAUGCCUACGAAUUAGCAGAACUGUCGACAAUCACCGUGUCGUAUCUAGUGUUUGGUUACUGCAUUGGCGAACCAUCAAAGAUAGAUACUGAUUCCUUUUUGUGGGAAAUAUUUAAAUUCUAUGGAGAAGAUGGUUACAUAUCCCUGCAUUCGUUGGAACAUAUGAUGGUGGAUCUUGGUAUCGGAGAAGAAGAGGAAUUGCACAGCCACAGCGUAUCGAUUUACAGACAGAGACGUGACUUGAAACUCCAAGAUUCGUACAAUACCAUGGAGGAAGAAGGCGGCGUGGCAUACAAAACAUCUCACGGGUGUUACAGUGCGAGUGAACUAUUCGGUAUGUUCAGUGUUAAUCACACGAUUGGUGCAAACGAAGACGAGUUUUUUGAGAUGAGUCCUUCAUUGCUACAGCAAAUACUCAGUGGUGUAUGCCAUCCAGAAUCUGAACCAAUCGACUCCGCCUCGGCUGAGAUGUUUCUUUAUGGCACGAUAGCAGUCCUCGUCAUUUGUUUGUGUUCCUUGUUAGGAAUAUUAACAAUACCAGUUGUAGGCAAGACAUUUUAUAAUAAGUUAAUGCAAACUUUGAUAGCACUAUCCGUGAGUACCAUGACUGCUGAUGCGUUAUUGCAUCUGAUUCCACACGCGACGGGAAUGGGACAUGGGGAUGACGGUCACAGCCACGAUCUCGACUAUCUUUGGAAGAUGACGGUUGUCUGGGGAUCUAUUUAUUGUUUUUUUCUAUUAGAGCGAUUCAUGGGCCUCAUAGCUAUACACAUUGGCGCGAGUGGUGAUGGGCAUGGGCACAGUCACCAGCAUGUACCUAGCCUCGAGCAGGGAAAUAAGGAAGAUACCUCCAUUCAAGUGAAGAAUCUUGUGACGAAAUCUGAAUCUAACGCUGAACUUGUGUCUGGACUUUCUGAUGAGAAAACACUGGAAAUUAUUGAAGAACAUUGCGAGGAUUCAAAACAAAGAAAAAAUGGUGGCAGUGUAAAUUUGAACAGUUUGGCUGUCAUGGUGAUAAUAGGCGAUGGUUUGCAUAACUUCGCCGAUGGUCUGGCAAUUGGUGCAGCAUUUUGUAUUGAUGUUUCAACGGGGGUGUCUACCAGUAUAGCUGUGUUAUGUCAUGAACUGCCGCACGAAUUUGGUGAUUAUGCCAUUUUAGUGUCAACUGGUAUGGGUUAUAAGCGAGCUUUAUUUUGGAAUGCAAUUUCUGCAAGCUUUGCGUUUCUUGGUUUAUACCUUGGUCUAGGUAUUGGUAGUAUAGACGGCGUCAGUGAGUGGAUACUUGCAAUCACUGCUGGUAUGUUUCUGUACAUAUCAUUGGCUGAUAUGACACCACAAUUGACGCAAUGUCGGAGUUCAACUCGGAGGGAUAACUGGUUGGUGUUUUUAUGGCAAAAUAUUGGAAUACUAACAGGAUUUACUAUCAUCUUUCUAUUGGCUUAUUUUGAACACGCCUAG